UGGACGCGUAACCAGCUCCGCGCUGCUCUCCUCCGACACCCGCCUGAUUCGACGAGAGAGAAGGACAGAGACUUCAGUAAGCUCGGAGCUUUUGACUGGUUCGUAGAUGCUCGCUGUGUCGCGUCGUCGUAGUGUCCGUCGUCCCGCGUCCCGGCGCAAAACGCAGCACACGCGAUUUGGUCUCAGUGACAGACGAUAUUAAUAAUGCGGCAGUGAUAUCCCGACUUGGAAAGUUUUCUUUGAACUGUCAAUUGUGAGAUUAGAAUGAAUUUGUUUCCGAAAUAGUGUGAAAAUCAAGAAAUGUCACGAACAAGCGGAAGCUGCAACGAUUGUCAGAGGUGAUCCUGAAGAAUGACGUUGACAGAAUGGGAUGAUCUGUCGGGGGGUGGUGUUUCGGUGGUGAAUGACAACCUGCCGAACGAAAUGAAGAUUCUAUCGGAAAUGACUUUGAAAUAAACGCGGAGAAUUACUGUCUCUUCUCGUGAUACUAUCGGAAAUGAGAUAGACGGAGAAACUUUGCCUAUUCUCGCAAUCUAGAAAGAGGACAAUGUGCCGGUCGAUGCAGUUUCGAGCUAGUGAUCGCACGUUGUCAUCGGGCUGCGCGUCGAUCUUGUCUGGCGCGCAAGAUCGGAGCGAGAUCCUCGAUAAAUAACUCGGGCGGGAAGGUGCGAGAGGGACGGGCUUUCUUCUCUUCCGAGGCCGACAACGUGGAGAUGAUCGAAGCCUCGUGCAAAGAAGACGAUGAUCUUGCUCCCGGAAGCGCGAAAGCGCUUAUUUAGAGCUCACGUUGAUCACGUGUGGUCUUGAGCGAUCCUGUUCGGAGACCCGGAAGAGCGAAAGCGACUCCGACGAGUUCUGUGUUAAUUAACACAAUAAGUCGACGAAAUAAAUGAGAAGGUAAUUAUGAAAGAUUAAAAAAAAAAAAAAACUGCGAAGAUCGAAGAUCACUUGCGAUAAUUAGUCAAACGUCGACGCAAAGUUCUUGAAUUCGAGCACGUCAGAUUUGCGAAAACAAAUGAGUGUUAAGAGCAAUCAAAGUCCGAAUUUGAUGGAAACUUUGAAGAAAUAGAUACAUCGAAUGACGAUGAACUUAAACGUGAACAAAAUAAACGCGAGUUAUGAUCGUGUGACGAAGAUUUUGGCAUCAAGUUCGAAUUUUGCAUGACGGAUAACAAUCGCGUUUUUAUUUGGCAAGCGCCCAGUUUCUAUCGGUCGAUCAUGAUUGAACGCAUUUGGAAUUCGAAUUAAAGAGUUCGGAAAAAAACAUUUGACACUGAAAGAAAAAUAUGUUUACCGGGCAAAAGAUUGUGAUAAAAAUGCUAAGUAUACAUGGUUAGGGUACAGUGUUACGAUCGAGUUACUUCCGAUGACGUUCACUUAAAAAAAAAUACGACAGGAUGUUAAAAACAAAAUACAUCGCGACCCGUUGAAAUGAUCCGUCUAUCGGAUAUGAUAAUUGUCAACGAAAGACUCGAUUGUAUGCGACGAGCUUUCACGUGUGACAGGAACGCGUGAAUGACAUUUCGCAGGAGUAAUGGCUAUUUCGGGUCGGACACGCGGAUGUGCUACAUUUAUAAGACAAUCAUCGCAAACAAUUUAUUGCAGAUUCAAAUUUCCGAUAGUCACAAAAAUGCAUGAAAACAUCGGAAAACGAGUGACCAACGAGAUAUAAAAAAAACAAAAAAAAACAAUUUCAUCUCUACCGUACAAUUCUCAUCGCAGACACAACUGAACAUUCCUAUUGCGCUCAAUGCACGUUACAUUAAGCUUAAGGUGAUGGAAGCAGAAGACGAAGUGGAUGAUGAGUUGUCGGAGGCCGCCGACACAGAAGCAAAUCACAACAAUAACCUAGAGAAUUUCGAAACAAUGAAGAUAUCCCCAAAACCGGUGUCCGAGAGGACAUCGGAAAAGGACAACUGUCCUUUAGUUUGCACGUCCAAUCCCGAACAGUCGAAAAUUAACGAUUCUCACGACGACAAUCCCGAAAAGCUGAAAACGUCCGCGCGAACAGAAUCAAAAAUACCCUUAAGUACAAGUACAAAGACUGACACGAAAGAGGGUGAAAUCGCCAGGUUGUGCAAGAGCAAGAGGAUUAGUUGUCAGGACACCAUACACGAGUAUGACGAGGAGGACAAUCUCACCAUGGAUAGGGUUGGAAGGUAUUUGGAAGCGCAUCCUGCUUUAGUGGAAACUUGGCUGCAAGAGAAAGCAAGCCUCGAGCUUCGGCAACGACUGCAGAACACGUGUAUGCUGCAAACAAUAACACCGAGCGCGCCAAGCGUGCAGCAAGAAGAAACUCUCCUCAAUCGAGGAGGCAAACGCAACAGCGUGACGUCCGAUCUCUUCCAGACUUGGCUGGCUUCGAGCUCGCCUGUGAAGCGCAGCAAGAGCCCCAAUAGGACUCAUACCUCGCUAAUGGGUCGACGCGAAGAACUAGGCAGAUUGGACGAGAGCGAUCUAUUUAUGGAACUGAUACGGGAUGUGGCAAACGAGCUAGAUAUCAAUGUCCUUUGUCAUAAGAUUCUCGUAAACGUUGGCCUACUCACUCAUGCCGAUCGCGGCAGCUUGUUCCUGGCCAAAGGGCCUCUCGAGGAUCGGUAUCUGGUGGCAAAGCUGUUCGAUGUCACGCAAGACACCGAACUCGAGGAAGCCAUGCAACGGGCCAAGAACGAGGAAAUCAAAAUACCAUUUGGCGUCGGUAUCGCCGGUUAUGUAGCACAGACUAAGGAGAUUAUCAACAUCAAAGAUGCUUACAAGGAUCCGAGAUUCAACAGUGCGAUCGACAUGCGAACGGGAUAUAAGACGACGCUGAUCUUGUCAAUGCCUAUAUGCAAUUACGAAGGUGACGUUAUCGGAGUCGCUCAAAUUAUCAAUAAAACGAACGGUAGCAACGAGUUUACUGACAGAGACGUCGAGGUGUUUCAAAGAUACCUCACGUUCUGCGGUAUCGGCAUACAGAACGCCCAACUGUUCGAGCUGUCCGUGCAGGAGUAUCGGCGCAAUCAAAUACUCCUGAAUCUGGCACGGAAUAUAUUCGAGGAGCAGAACAAUCUCGAGUGCCUCGUCACGAAGAUCAUGACCGAGGCAAAGGAGCUGCUCAAGUGUGAAAGAUGUGCUGUUUAUCUGCUAGAUUUGGACUGCGGAGAGGCAGGUCAUCUCGAGAAAAUCGUUGAGCGUCCGGGGAAAUCGGUACAAGAGAGCAGAAAGCCGUUAUCGAGAAGAGAGGCGGCUCAGAGCAACAACAUCGACAUGGAGGACAUUUUCCAACAACAUGCAUCUAUUGAGGGCAAUAAGUUCACCAUGGUCUUCGAAAUGGAUAACGAAACGCAAGAGGCGCGUAUCUACCGACCGAGUAACGCCGACCUGUCCAGUUCGUUGGGACAGAUCGCGAGGUACGUUGCCGCGACAGGACAAAUUCUUAACAUCGGUGAUGUCACCACAUGGUUGAAGAAAGACGUGAUGGAAAGCGGCCAGGAACUCAUCAAAAGUAUUCUGUGCAUGCCAAUUGUGAACGGACAGAGGAUUGUCAUCGGAGUUGCUCAAUUGAUCAAUAAGGACAACGGCGCGUCCUUCACCGACUCGGAUGUGUCGAUUUUCGAAGCGUUUGCCAUUUUCUGCGGUCUCGGAAUUCACAACACGCAAAUGUACGAGUCCGCGUGCAAGCUGAUGGCGAAACAGAAAGUCGCCCUCGAGUGUCUAAGCUAUCACGCGACCGCCAACAACGAGGACGCUCUCCGGCUUGUCUCCGACAUUAUUCCGUCUGCGGAAACAUACAAUCUCUACAGCUUCACGUUCAUCGACUUUGAUCUCACCGACGACGAUACGUGUCGCGCUACUAUUCGGAUGUUCAAGCAAUGCGAUCUGAUACAAAAGUUCCAUAUACCGUACGACGUUUUGUGUAGGUGGAUCCUCAGCGUAAAGAAAAAUUAUAGGCCGGUGAAAUAUCACAACUGGCGGCACGCGCUAAAUGUCGCGCAAACAAUGUUCGCAAUGUUGAAGACCGGCAAGAUGGAACAAUUCAUGACCGAUUUGGAAAUUCUCGGACUCCUGGUGGCCUGUCUGUGCCACGAUCUGGAUCAUCGCGGUACCAACAAUGCGUUCCAGACGAAAACCGAGUCCCCGCUGGCGAUUUUAUAUUCGACCAGCACAAUGGAACAUCAUCAUUUCGAUCAGUGCGUCAUGAUUCUCAAUUCCGAUAGUAACAACAUCUUUCAAAACCUGUCGAUGGAGGACUACAGACGGGUGAUGAAAGUAGUAGAGAGCGCUAUCUUGUCAACCGACCUAGCGAUGUACUUCAAGAAAAGAAAUCGUUUUAUGGAGGUGAUUGACGAGGGCGAAUUCGACUGGCAGAGCGAAGAAAAAAAAGAAUUAUUAUGCGGUAUGAUGAUGACCGCGUGCGAUGUGAGCGCAAUAGCAAAACCUUGGGAUGUGCAACAUCGCGUGGCAAAGCUGGUUGCUGACGAGUUCUUUGAUCAAGGUGACCUGGAACGUCUUCAGCUGAACCAGCAGCCGGUGGCGAUGAUGGAUCGCGAGCGGCGAGAUGAGUUGCCGCAAAUGCAAGUCGGUUUUAUCGACGUUAUUUGCUUGCCACUCUACAAAGUCCUAUCGGAAACGUUCCCGUGGAUACUACCGCUCUAUGAAGGCACUAUCGAAAAUCGAAAGCACUGGCAGGAUUUAGCGGAGAAGGUCGAGAUGGGACUGACGUGGAUCGAUCACGAUACAAUCGAGGAACCGGUAGAAGAGUUUAUCUCUUACGAGCCUAAGGACAUCGAGUUUACAGUAACGACCUUGAACUGUGUUCAUGCCGACAAAAAGGAACAGGUGACUGACAAGUCAACGCUCGGCAGAUUCGCUUCGUUGAGAAAAGGCGGACGUACAUUGAGCAAGGGAGUUCGACAUCGUAUCAGCAGGUCGCUCUAUGCUAGGAGCAGCUCGGAAGACGGCGGCAGACCGAAGGCCUUGUUGCCGGAGAGAAAAAACCGGAACAAACUGUGUUUGCUCAUUUGACGGCUAACUUCGACGACGCUCGAGAGCAUCCCUGAGUGACACUUAAUAAGUGAUGAUAUUGAGAGAUAAAUAUUUUUGCAACACAUCGCAACUUCUAAUUGUCGAAGGUGGAAUCUUUAACGUGCGAGUUGCUUAGACGAUGAUCGAUUAGAUUGGUGAACAGCGUGGCUGUUACACAGAAGACAAGAUUUAAAAUGAACCUAGAGAAGUUGGUCCCAAUUUGAGGGAAUUAAGAGUUAGAGAGAAUCAUGAUAAAAAGAGAGAAAGAUCGUUUCCUGCUUUGAUAUGUAAAGAAUUCAUGUUUUCGAAGAAUAUCACUAAGAUACUGAAUAAAUUGCACGAAAAAAACUUUUAAAGCUGCUGUUUUCUCUCUCAGAGUGAUCAAAUACUCGUAGGAAAUGAAUCCUUUUUGAAAAUUUUCAAGAGAGAGAAAAUUAUUUCGACUUACAAAAAUGAUUAAAUUUUGCAAUCUAAAAAAAUUGAUUUAGAAUCGACAAACGUAGAUUUUGUGCAAAUGAAAAAUUCGCUAUUUGUAAAAUUCGUGUACUUGAACAAAAUUGAAAAAAUUAACAAUAUUGGCAAAAAACGCAACAAACGUUUAGACCAGAAUGAUUGCAAUACAAACCGAAAAGAAACUAUAUUGAGCAAAAACCCAUCUACAAUAAAAAACCAACAAAUUAAUAAAAUAGUAAAUAUAACAUUUUAGUUUUGCUCAUUUCACAGUAUUUUAUAAAAAAAUGAAGAGAUUAUAAAAAUCUCUACAUUAUCUGAUCAAAUUGGUUAAACAAUAAACUAAAAUCAAAGAUUUUAACAUUUUAUCAUAAAAAAAAAUGUUGCACCAGAAAUAUAAAAAAA